AUGGAAGAAAAUGGUCGAGGAGAGUCUCUGUGCAAAGUAUGCGGUGACAAAGCGUCGGGAAAGCACUAUGGCGUACCCAGUUGCGACGGUUGUCGCGGUUUCUUCAAGCGGUCGAUCCGCAGGUACGCAAGAAAUCUGGACUACGUUUGUAAGGAAAAUGGGCGGUGCGUUGUUGAUGUUUCUCGCAGAAAUCAGUGCCAAGCUUGCAGAUUCACCAAAUGUCUUCAAGUUAACAUGAAACGAGAUGCUGUUCAACACGAGAGAGCACCGAGAAGUACGUCAUCUUUGGUUACCGCAACGAGAAGAGGUGCCGCAGGAAUUUAUCCGGGAAUCUCUCACGUCUACCACACUGCCACGAGCCCCUAUCAUUCCCUCUUGUAUCCGGCGCUUUUCCCAUUCAAACCGAGCAUGCCUACGUUCACCCCAAGUAUCGCACAUUUUUUGCCGCGUCCUACAACCGAGCCAUUGUCAACGAGUAAUGGGAAUGAAGAUGAAGUCACAAGCUCCGAAGAAGCUAACACCGUUGCUCACCGAAACGAGCAGAAAGAUUCCGUGAGUGGACGUCUUGCAGGACCCAUUAUCGGUCACACCUUAUCGGAAUAUGGAGUUUCGAGUUUGUCGCUAUUACCAUCGGAAAAUGUUUACGAAUCGGCUGCGAAGCUUUUGUUUUUAGCUGUCAAAUGGGCCAGGAGUAUCCCCUCAUUUUUGGAGUUGUCGUUCAGAGACCAGGCGAUUCUCUUGGAAGAAUCCUGGAGCGAGCUCUUUGUUCUGACUGCAGCACAAUGGAAUUUUCCAGUAGACGAAACGAGUCUCGUCUCCAUGACUCUGCCAACCGAGAGGAAGCGGAUUCUCGUCGACGAAGCCAGAAGACUUCGGGAACUGUUGACGAGAUUUGCUAUACUCAGAGUCGAUCAUUCCGAGUACGCUUGCCUUAAAGCUAUCGUACUAUUCAAAGGAGAGUCACGAGGGUUGGAAGAUGCCGGCAGAGUGUCGACAAUACAGGAACAGACCGUGGCCGUCCUCGGCGAAAGGGGUGCAGGACGGGUAGGUCGCUUGCUGCUUCUGUUACCACCGGCGCGAGCUCUAUGUCGAGGUACGCUUCAAGAGCUCCUGUUCAAGCCAACAGUCGGUGACGUCAGUGUCGAAAGAUUAUUAGGAGAUAUGGUCAGAGCGACACGGCCGGCCUAAUGAUUUUCGUCAUCGUUACAACGCUGUGCAAGAGUCAAAAUCCUCUCUAUUUGAAAACCGCGUGCAAUCGAAAAAGAAUAAAGAAACAACAAAGCCAUGAAAUUGUCUAAAGAGGUGUAAAUAGAUGGAACAUCGAGUAGAAAAUUGUGCCAUAGUUUAUGUGCAAAUUGUCUCUAGUCCACUGAAUUAAUACGUUCUUUCAAACGAGGGCAUAUACGUUGUUCAUCGAUUUUCGAAUAUUUGAGCUGUGCUUAAUAAAACCGUGUUCGACGGAAA